ACGACAUAGUUUUGCGUAGCCUGUGCUCACAGCUCGAGCUCGGGUAUUUCCCCCCACUCAGAGUGAUCUUCUCAGCACACGCACUGAGAGCAACAUCAGGACCGGGCGGAGGAUGCGCGAAUGAUCACGCCGCACUGUAAACACAACUUACUGCGUGUACUGAGUGUCAUUGCAAUUAGAUUACUGUCGAAGGUUUUCCAGUGGGACGGGGGUAUGAUAAACCCCGGAUCCCCCGGACCGUUGUACUGUUCGUCAGGAUGCGAUCACUGAGUCGAUCGUGGGCCUCGCUGCUCACCGUGGUUUUCUUCAUCGCAACAGUCGCCGUCAACGCUGGAAUGGCAGUUGUGGGACAUUGUCCUCGGAGUCUGGACUGUGCUCGGGAGCGACGGCACUUCUGCCAGCCCGGCUCUUCACACUGUGGCCCAUGCCUAGACCCAUUUGUUGAGAACAAACAAGGGAAUUGUGUGGUCAGGAGACGAAAUCACCCUGCCAAGGUGAACCAUCUCCCAGAGCUGGAUGAAGAGAUAGACAUUCUCUCCUCCAUCAUCAGCAAACACAGAGAAUCAGAAAUUAUGCACUCAGCCCCCUCUCCAGCUGCUUCUAAAGUCACAGAAGACCAUUCCUUACCAAGCAGUCAGCACAGUUCAGAGCCUUCUCCUACCUCUGCUUCACCAAAACUUGUGACAAGUGUCCUGCCCACCUCCUCCUCAUCUACUACCAGCCCAUCCUCAAAUGCUCCAAUCAUCUCUGCGGUGCAGAGCGCCCCUUUUAUCGUACCGUACCCCUCUGAGGACCACUCCUUCAUUAUAUUUUUAGGUGUGUUUCUUAUGAUGGGCUCUGUAGCAAUGGUCUUGACCGGGAUGUGUUGGGUCAGAAUGCAGAGAGGAAAUUGUCUGUCCCAGAAGGUUGAUUUUCCUGCUUUUGGGUUGAUAGGUCCCCAUUCUUAUGAUGGUGUCAUGCCUGGAGAUAAGACACUUGCCCAGAGUGCCCAGAUGUACCACUUUCAGCUUCAGAAGCAGCAAAUGAUGUCACUCAAACAAAGGAAGGAGUCCAAGAUUCUGGAGUCAGGAGCCACUUCAGAUGAGGAAAAUGAAGAUGGAGACUUCACUGUGUAUGAAUGCCCUGGACUCGCCCCAACUGGUGAGAUGGAAGUGAAGAAUCCACUGUUUGAUGACUCCACCUUUCAUCUUCACCUGCAGAGAUGUUACAACUAAACAUCACACCAGCAUGAUCACCGCAUACACAAACACGCAUGAACACAUGAUUCACAUGUGCGCUUGCCCCAUCUGAUCCAUUUAGGUGUCUGUAGCCAUGCAGUGAAGGUUGUGAAGGCCCUCUGCACUUAUAUCAUGGUCUUUUUGGACAUUUUAGGGCAGUUUGUCCUAGCAUUUUCCACUCUCUCUGUUACCUUUUUAGAAUUGAGGUGGAAAUUCUUGUACAGCUGUGCAAGAAACAGGUGAAAGUGGCAUUGCAGACUCCAUCCAUGAGUUGAAACACAAUAUUCCUUAACAUUGACAACUUUGUUAACCUGUUGAUUCACACUCAAAGAAACAUAUAUACACUGAAUUGUGCAUGAUGGCUCAUGCAUUUUUCUAUGAAACAAGAUUCCUUUCUAAGAACCAGAACACUGAGAUGUAGUACAUUUCAGUUCAACUGCAGAUAUGUAAAAACAUUUACUGCAUGGAUCGUUGACUUAGAGUCACAACACCCACCCUGUAUUGUAUGUCCAUGCAGUGUCUGUCCGUAUUUCCUUAAGCCUUCUGGGCCAUCCAGUUUGAUGGUACUCUCUGCUAUAAACAUGCAUCAGGGGACUGAUUGUCCCUACGCUCACAAUGCGUGAACAGGUCAAUGUACUUGAUACCAGCUCAAGACACAUUUGAUAUCAGGUCAUUGCUCAGUUCUUAAUAUGACAUGACUUAAUCUGUACUAUAUUGUGAAUACUGUGCAAUGAAAAGGAAACCUAUUUAUAGAAUUAAUUGUGUAGAGAUAUCUUGCCUGCAAACACCAGUCAUAUAUUCAGAACUAACAUGAACUAUGAAUAUUUUCAUUUGCAUUACAAUAGCAACAUAAAUGAUGAUUACCAUAUUUUCUGUUUUCUUUUACCAAAUUUGUCUGUGACUGUAUUUUGUAAAAUACCAAUGGUGAUUUUAAUAAAAGAAAAUUAUGAUUGUGCUCACAUAAAUAGCUCUAAAUUAUAUUAUGUAGCCUCUGAAUAAUCAGAAUGGUCCUACUAUGCAUGAUUUGAAACUGUUUAAUAAUGAAGAGAGUCUAUGUGCAUUUCUGUUUCACACAAAUGAUUUUACAAAAACAAAUAUGAACUGUAACCUGCCGACGUGUAUCAUAGAAAUUAUUGUUGGAACAUUUUUUUUAUCAAUCCCAGCAAAAAACAGACAAUUGGACCUGAUUUGCAAUUUAUAUAUAACUGUUAUAGUGAAUGAAGCAGACCAGUAUUCACCAAUCUUUCAGUAACUUGUACAAAGACUCUGGACUCUGCACUAAACCCCUUAUUGCUGUCGGUGAUAUGAUAUAGAUUCAUUUUGGAGCAUUCAUUGCUCGCUGCUGUUUCUCAGGAAACCUGCCAACAGUAGCCAGUGUCUGUGCAGCACUUUCUCUAAUUAUGGGGGAUCCCUUCAGGUUCCUCUGAAUGUUGUACCUUUGAAUAUUCCAGUUAAACAUUGUGACAGUGUUGUCGGUCUCUCAAUGUGGCGUUGAUGCAGAGCUCGAAGACUGUAAAAUUAGAAAUGUGCCUAAGUAAGCCAACCCAUCCUCCAAAAACUGUAGAGUUCGGCCUGCUCAGUUAGACAGUCAUUGUGGGGAUACCAUCUCUGCUAUUCUUCUGUAUGACCUUCAAUUUUCAAAAUAAACCGAGUCGACAUAUAUGCUUGUCAUCAAUAGAGCCCACUAAACCUUUUUUGACAACUGAGAUUGCCUGACAUGCAUGUAAAGAUGGAAUAUAUUCUGUAACGAGGAUGAAAUAAAUAUUUAU